AUGUUGUGGAGAAGUACCCUGAACCAAUAUCAAACAAACGCCAGCGUGGCUGCCUUUUCCAAGUUUUCGAAAUUUACUUCUCUCCGAUGGAACUUGGAUUCAGUCACUCCCUAUCAUCAUUCCCGUCAUUAUCCCUUCAUCACCUUCACACUUCCUUCCAUCCCCUCUAUCUCCAAGCAUUUCAAUCAAGAUGGCGCCGGUCCUCUCCACGCCACGCCCAGUCGUGGAGGUCCUUUGCGGAGACCAGUCUGCGGGGAAUGCAAAAUCGUCAAAAGGCGAUGCUCUCGUGACCGGCCUAGCUGCUCACGAUGCGAAGCUCAAGGCAAGGAGUUCAGAUACCCAGACGACAGCGACCCGAGGGCAGAAAACCCAAGCUCCAUUGCGGAUACCAACCUGGAUACCCCGGCUCCAAGCAUCGUCGCCUUUUCCGCACCUUCUCCCUCGAUCACGCCUACCUUGCCUGUGAACCGGAGACUGUCAUCUCUCUCCCAGAGUGCUCCCAGCCAGAACGCUCCAACUGACAAUACCCCCACUCAACAAACUCUCCACUUCGAGAACGUGUCUCUGCUUCCCAUGCUGGAUGCGGAGGAAAUUCGUGACCGCUAG